UAAUAGACUUAUGCCAAAAAAAUGUUUUCUAAUCUUCUAGUUUUUUUUAAAUGGAUUUCUAACCGUAUAAAACACAAAUAGACUUAAACAAAUGUUAGUUUUUUCUUAUAUUAUGUUACUUAUGUUUAUAAAAUUAUUAUAAUCUACUUAAUGGACCAGCAACAGUUUUCGUUGUCUUACGGUGGUGAAAACUACGCCGGAGACUACUUCCCAGAGGAUUACUAUGAGUUAUACGAUGAUGAAUUAGAAAAUGAAAAUCAGUAUUAUCAUCAAAAUUUAGAUUCAGAAAAUCAUAGUGAACCCUCUUUUUGGAGCAAUCUAACUUUUUACCAGCUGUGUACUCAAUGUGUUGUGCCAGCUAUUUGGAGUACUGGAAAUCUACUGGGAACUACUCUUCUUUUAUGCAUAUUCUUUAGAUUAUUCAUUGUUAUAUGCAAUAAAAUCAAUCUAGUCYCUGGAGCAGUCUUGCACACAGUGUGCGCCAUAUGUGGUGUUCUACCAUUAAUUAUAUUACAUGAAGAUGGAGACUUAUAUCAAACAUUACUUCAAAUUGUAUUGUUUCCUAUGUUCUGUUACAUAGUGUCUAUAAUAUGUAUAUUGACUUUAAAACAACAUUCAUCUACUGUAUUCUCUAUUAUAAUCCUAUUUACACUAUUCUAUCGUGAAUGUUUUACAAAUAAUUCAAAAUGGCAAAAAACCAAAAGUGCUCAUAUGCUUAUGUCAAUGAAAGCAAUGGCAAUAUUAUUUGAUAUUCAAUCAAAUAAAUUGUAUACGUUUCCUUCAGUUCCUCAGUAUACAGGUUACAUGAUGUGCGCAGGUACUGUUUAUUUGGGUCCAUUUUUAACAUUUCAAGAAUACUUAAAUGCAUUUUCUCCAUCUAUUUAUUGGAACAAGACCAAAGUCUGUCGUUUGAUAUGGAAAAUAAUAAUUUCAUUGUUUUGCUUUGUUUUGUCAAUUUGUGUUGUUGAUUGGCUGUUCAGCCAAUAUUUGCUUGCCAAUAAUAAAAGCAAUUCAAUUAUUAACAUUUUUCUAACUAUGUACAAACAAGCUUUGGAGUUCCGUACGGGUCAUUAUUUUGUAGCCUAUGCUUCUACAGUAUUUGCAACUGUUUGUGGAUACCACAAUGAACACAACAGUGAAAUAUUAGUAACCCAUCCAUUGAUUAUGGAAUGGCCUCAAUCUCUUUUACAUGUUGUCAUAAAUUGGAACGCACCAAUGCACUAUUGGUUAAAAAAAUAUAUAUUUGAAGAAGUACUGAAAUAUGGCAAUAAAAAUAAAAAACAUAGAAAUAGAAUAAUUGCUAUAGGGACCACAUAUUUUGUGAGCUCACUAUUACACGGCUUAGAACGACGUUUAUCAGCUGUGUUACUUUCUCUUGCYGCAUAUACAUAUGUAGAACACCAAAUACGUACAAAAUUAGCAUCAAGAUUUCCAAACAAAUUUUCUUAUUAUGCUAAAAAUAAAUUUCCCCAUCAUGGUUCAAAAAAAUACUUAGGUAGCUUAAACCAAAGUAACUGGUUUUUUAGAAGUAUUAACAUUAUGUUUACUAUUUUAAACAUUAUACAUUUAGCUUAUCUUGGUUCAUUAAUUGAUAUGUCUGUAGGAAACUCUUACAGUACCACCUACCAAGAAUCUUUUGCUUCUUGGAGUCGAGUAUCAUAUUUUAGUCAUUUUGUAAUGUUGUUUAUGUUUUUCAUCAGUAUUAUAUUGUAAAUUUUCUAUUAAGUAACUGCUCUCCAUUAAAGUGCCAAAUUUACCUAAUUUAAAUUCUUUAAAAAUGGUAUGAAAAUAAAUUGUUGUAUAUUAUGAUGAGCAGAAUAUAUMAUGAUCUUAGCAGAAACCAUAUAACUUUGUUGUAACUGCAGUUACAAAACCGUUAUUUUAGUAAUAUUUCAUUAUUAACAAAAUGGUUGUAUAAGAUUCUAAGGGGAGGGGGGCUGAUCUAAUUG